AUGGCUUCCCUCCGCGUUGCCAACGCUCCCUUCAACGCCUCUGGUGCCGACAUCGUCUUUCGCACUUCUGAUGAUGUAGAUUUCAAGCUCCACCGUGUCAUCCUCGCGAUGGCUUCUACCGUGUUCAAGGACAUGCUAGGUCUUCCCCAACCCCCUUCCAGUAACAAAUCACUCCCAGUCGUCCCAGUCUCUGAGAGCAGCAGCGUUCUGAAGCCGCUGCUCUUGUUCUGCUAUCCUACAGCGCCGCCAGAUAUCGAUACACUCAAUGAUGCUCGCCUUAUCCUUGAUGCCGCUGUCAAGUACGACAUAACCUGCGUGCAGAAAGCAAUGGCCGUCCACGUCAGUUCCCAGCGCUUCAUGGAAGACAACCCUGUGGGAGUGUAUUGCAUAGCGUGUCGGUACGGGUGGGAGCAAGUGGCCAGGUCGGCCGCACGUCAUUGUCUCAAAAUUAGCUCUCUUGGAAGGCCCAGCACGUUCACCGAAGAGCUAAGGUUUACCACAGCGAUUGCCUACCACAGGCUCCUCGCUUAUCACACCGAAUGCGGUAAAGUUGCUUGUGCAGUGGGGCGCGAAAAUCUUCAGUGGCUUGAAGAUCCCAAGUUUCCUAACUGCUCAAGAUGCGCACACUAUUUAAUCCUGAACAACAGACCCGUUGGCCGUUUCCAUGUUCCUUGCUGGUUUAGAAACGCUCUACACGCUCUAGCCGGCGACCUCCUAGAAAGGCCAGACAGCACGACAGUCAUAACAUCCAGCCGAUUUGAAGCCCAGACGGAAAAUUUUCACGAAUGCAACACCUGCAGACAGUUCACUUCGGUGGUUGGAUUUUCCUUUUUGAGGAAAAUUUUUGCUCAAAAGGUCAAAGAGGAAACUGGAAAGGUUGAACUGGAGUUCGAGGCCGAUUAAUCUCGCAAGGAAACGAUAACAGCCAUUCAAAAACGUUGUACAGUAUAGCGACUUGAAAUGCAGCGCUCAGGUACUUGACGGAAAUUUGCCAGAUUGGACAGAGGUUGUGGGGAGCGCAGUGACGAUAAUAAUUGCCAUCAGAGACUACGUACUAAGGACUCAGCUGAUUG